AUGCUGUUUCUUCCAAUUUUGCCCAUGACACUGGGUGCUACUCUGUUGGCACCCACUGUUUCAGGACAAUACUCGCCCCAUUUUCCAGAGCCCCCCAAUCCAGAACCUAUCGAUGUGGUCGAGCUGCCUUUGCCUCCUGUAGUUUCAAGCAGUGCUACAGGUGCUUGUACCUCCAAGAUCAACCCCCGGGGUACAGGUUGCAUUGGUAGAGAUGCUGGAGAAGAGCAACAGUUCCAGUCAGGAGACUUCACGCCUGAUGGAAGACACAUUGUGGUAAAUGUCGACUUCAUUGGUGCUCCUGCAGCUCCAGACCCAGCGAGCAUCUACUAUGGUGAACAUCUGAUCCUCAUCAGCACAGAUGGUACCAACUUCUCCAACGGUGAUCCAUGGAAAUGUAUCACCUGUGGUGUUCCGUCCAAGAAUGCCCCUUGGGUCGAUCCGCAGAAAGACUAUCCUCAUGUAUUUCGAAGCGGCGACAAAGCGCUAUGGGGUCAUAACAUUGUCUCUUGUGGUGGAAACCCUUUGGCUAGCGAUGCCUGCACUCCGAAUAUCACUCACAUCCAUCCCAUCCAUUGGACCAUCUCUGCCGAUGGGACUGGAAAAGGCGGCUCUCCUCGAGAGAUGCGCCUUCACCCUGAUGAUCAACACAUGGGCUGGAGCUCUUUUACUGGUACUGGAGGCCAGUUCACUUACUUUGGCCGUCUAGAGUUCAACGAAGAUCCAAAGGUUGGCGAUCCUCUUGUUCCUCGAUACGACUUGGUCGAUGUGAACAUUCUCGUUGAUGCAAAUGGCAAGCCGCCUAUGUACGUCGAUGAUGACAAACUACGCAUUAACCAUGGUGCAAUUACGCCUGGUGAGCUUCGUGGUUUCAGCGGUUCGGGUGACGAGAUUAUCUAUAUCGGAUCUCCCGUGGAAGCUAACAACAUUGAUGUCUCGGCUGUCCACCUGACCACCGGGGCUGUUCGCCGCCUUACCAGCCAUCCCGACUAUACUGACCCGGUCUCCAUGUCCCAAGAUGAUCAAUGGAUUGUUGCUAUGGACACGCGUGUUGUAGGUCGCCAGAUGUUUAUGUCUGGCAUGAGAUGGAUCCCUCCGAUCAUCGAUUACCUCGUUGUUGCCCUCGCUUCGUCAACUCGUAAUAACGGACCGCGAAGAUUCUUUCAACCAAUCCUAAUCGGUCGCGACGGAGACAGCGGGAAUCAUUUCGGCCAGCAGGUUAAUGCCGAUGGUGACGGGAGCGAUGGAAGUGCCAACGAUCCCAACUGGAAUGGCAGAGCUGAUCCAGCCUUUUCUCCCGACAGCACAAUGAUUGUAUAUUGGCAAGCACUAGUGGUUUCCCCGUCGUGCGGGGGUGCCAAUCCUCUCCCAUGCCCAGUUUCCACCGCCCAAGGAGGACGCAACUACCGAAUAAUGCUUGCUCGUCGUACAUCUCUUAAGCCUUCAAAACCAGCGCCAGUCUUUAAGGCUCCCGAUUUUAUCCCAUGGGCUAAACCCUUUCCCACAGGUAGUAAAACACCAGCGCAAUACGAGAUUCCAGCUGGCAACUACACACUACAAGGUCAAUUGUCAGGCGCUGCUGAGGUUUCCUUCAUUGAGGACCCCGAAACUGGCAUCAUUCGGACUAUCUCAGCCUCUUAUAGCGAUUAUUCAGACCAAGAAGGUUAUGUCAUCGACGGGUACGAAAAGGUCUCCAAGUGGAAGCUACUUCCUAAUGUAUGGAAAGACCGUGUUGAAUGGUUCUCCAACAUCACGCAGACUGGAGUAGUGGAGGGGAUCAAAGUCACAAGUCGAGAUGGGUAUGAAUUGGAGAUUGACGUCAGCGUUAAUCUCUUGGAGUCCAACGGAACGUUGACAACUGUUCUUGAUGGAAUCGAGUACGUCCAACCCGCUAGUGGUACUUAG